AUGGCCUCUCUUAUUUCAACCCUCAGCAUCCUAGCGCUCGCCGCAACCCACGCCUUCUCCCACGUCAUCAUGGUCGAACCCCACCCCUUCAACCUCGACACAGAACCCCUCUACCAAACCUGGCCUCUCAGCGAAGACCUCCCCUUUCCCUGCCAAGGCCGCACCCAGCACCCGGAGCAAGUCACAAAGGUAACAGCCGGUAAAACCCAGCUCGUCAAGUUCUGGGGCAGCGCCGUCCACGGCGGCGGAUCCUGUCAGUUCAGCGUCGCCUACGGAAAGGAACCCCCCAAGGAUCCUAAGAAGUGGCACACCAUCUACAGCAUCAUCGGCGGUUGUCCCGCUGAAGCUGAAGGUAACAUUGCAUCUACUGGUACAGAUCCACAUGGUCGUGAGAACGGCAAUGAGUGUGGGAAUGAUACGGGUAAGGAGUGUACUAAGCAGUUCAACAUUCCUAUUCCUAAGGAUAUGCAGAAUGGACCGGCGACGUUUGCUUGGACUUGGUUCAACAAGAUCGGUAAUCGCGAGAUGUACAUGGUCUGCUCUCCUAUUGAAGUCGUAGGUGGAAAGGAUGAUAGUAGCUAUGUUGAUACUCUGCCUGCUAUUUUCCGUGCCAACAUCCCUGGGGAGUGUACUACUGGUGCCAGUGGAAGUGUCAUCAACUUUCCUGAGCCUGGUGAUUUCGGUAAGAUUUAUGAGCAGGGUACGCCUGGGAGUGAGGGUACUUGUGCGAAGGGUGUUGAGCCGAACUUUAAGGAUGAUGCUGCUGCGCCUGAGCCGGAGAAGCUUGCUGAGUCUGGUUCUCCCGCACCCGCUCCUGAACAGCCCUCUGCUCCCGCCAAACCCUCAGUCGUUCAGCCCCCCGCUCAGUCCACUGACGCUCCCGCCCCCGUUGACUCAGCCAAGCCUGAGGCCGGCGCUCCCGCUUGGUCUGGUGAGUUCCAGGCUUGUCCUUCUGAUGUCAAGUCUGGCAUGAUGCACUGUUUCUCCGAGACUACUUGGGGUAUCUGCAAUGGGGGCUGGGCUUUUGUCUCCAAGGUUGCUGAGGGUACCAAGUGCAUUGACGGUGCUAUUGCUGCCGAGUAA